UGUUGUCACUUCUGGGCGGGAACAAAAUCUUUGGACUUGGGAGCGUAUAAUAAAUACAUCUGAAUAAAGAGACAAAUGUUUCCUCUCUUGUUUUUGGCCUACGUCGUGGCUGUCAAGGUCUUCAAGAAAACCACCCCGAAUGGGAAGGUCACCGUCUACUUGGGCAAACGAGACUUUAUAGAUCAUCUCGAUCGUUGUGAACCAAUUGAUGGCGUAGUUGUCGUGGAAAAUGAUUAUCUCCAGGGUCGCAGGGUUUACGGUCAGAUCAUCACAACCUACCGCUAUGGACGGGAAGAGGAUGAGGUCAUGGGCGUCAAGUUCAGCAAGGAGAUGGUGCUCCUCCGGGAGCAGAUUGUCCCCGUGAAGAAGGAAAAGCAGGAAGCAACACCCAUCCAGGAACGUCUCCUGAAAAAACUCGGUCCCAAUGCCUUUCCCUUCACCUUCAACUUCCCCCAGAACUCACCGAGCUCCGUGACCCUUCAGCCAGGUGAAGAUGACCAGGGCAAACCCCUGGGUGUCGAGUACACCCUCAAGGUAUUCGUCGGUGAGAAUGAGGAGGAGAAGACCCACAAGCGAUCGACCAUUGCCCUUGCUAUCAAGAAACUCCAGUUUGCCCCCAUCUCUCGAGGACGCAGACUCCCCAGCUCCCUCGUCUCCAAGGGCUUCACUUUCUCACAGGGAAAACUCAACUUGGAGGUGACCCUUGAUAAGGAAAUCUAUUAUCACGGUGAGAAAAUUGCUGCCAACGUUGUCAUCACUAACAACUCCCGCAAAGCUGUGAAGAAUAUUAAGAUGUUUGUCGUCCAGCACUGCGAAGUGACGAUGGUGAACACUCAGUUCUCUCGUCAUGUCGCCAGUCUUGAGACCCGAGAGGGCUGUCCUAUUACUCCGGGUGCUAACUUCACCAAGCAAUUCUACCUGGUGCCCCUCGCCAGCAGCAACAAAGACCGACGUGGAAUUGCCCUCGAUGGCCAUCUCAGGGACGACGACGUCAACCUCGCUUCGUCCACCCUAGUCGCCGAGGGCAAGUGCCCAGCUGAGGCGAUGGGAAUCAUCAUCUCGUAUUCCGUCAGAGUAAAACUCAACUGUGGAACACUAGGUGGAGAACUCGUGACUGAUGUGCCAUUGAAACUGAUGCACCCAGCACCCGGCGCUAUUGAACGUGAGAAGGCUCAGAUGAAGAAGAUGAAGAGCGUAGAUCGCGCUCGCUACGAGAAUUCGUGCUACGCAAACGACGACGACGACAACAUCGUCUUCGAGGAUUUUGCUCGCCUCCGUCUGAACGAGCCCGAGUAAACAGAUAACAAGAUUAACGAUAAACCUAAAGAAAAAAAAAUGAACGGGUCAGAGGCAUCUGAUUAAUCUCGAAAGGACAGAUGGAAAUGAUUGGCCUAUGGCCCCUUCCAUUCACCGAGGAAUUAGAGUAUUAAAUAUUAUCUUUAUGGUGCUGUCAUCCUCGUGUCCCUGUCCUCUCGGAGUAGUCAGAUGCCCCAAUAGCUGGGUAAACAGCGAAAGGUAAAAAGAAAAUUAAGAAAAAACGAAUAACCUCUGGAUUCUCGAUUAGUAAUUUUGGAAAAGGUGAUUAUUGAAGGAAAAAUUGAGAAAAA